UGUGUCUGCCAUGAACAACGUUUUUUGAGUCUUGACCAUUGAUCUCCAUAUACCGGUACACAGAGAUCAAUGGUCUUGACCCACUACGAUCGAGUUGGCCGGAUGAGUCUUACACAAGUCCAAGUUGGUUUACUUUUAGUUGGUUGACCCAUGGAGUUGGUUGACCCAUGGUUGACCAGCCAAGGUCGGGUCGUUCCGAUCCGAUUCAACGCGCAGCCGGCCAGCCACGGUGUAAUGAUGUUUUGUACCAGCACAAUGACCGGGGCGGUACCGCAUGCAUGCUAUAGCUAGCUAGGCCUGUGCCUUUUUCUGCAUCGUACCGCGCCGGUGAUCACAACAGAAUAAAAUAUGGCGACUCAGGAAAUCGAAAAAAGGGGAGAGACAGGCAACAAUGUGGAGGUGGAACGCGACAGUGUUCACAAAGAAAUUGCUAUUGUGAAGAUGAACAGGGCAACAGGGAACAAAUUGAGCACAGACUUCAUGACGGAGUUGAACACCACGUUGGAAAAAUUGGAAAACGACGACAGUUGCCGCGGCAUUAUCCUGACAUCAGCCAUUGCAGGUAUCUUUUCUUUGGGGCUGGACGGCACUGAGAUGUACCAGAAGUCACUUGAAUCCACCAGUGCCUUCUGGAGGUCUCUCCAGGAUUUCUGGAUGAGGCUGUACGGGUCCAAGCUAGCGACCGUGGCUGCCAUCAAUGGCCAUUCUCCUGCCACAGGGUGCCAGAUGGCAAUGAGUUGUGAUUACAGGGUUAUGUCGGAGGGACCUUUCGGCAUUGGCCUCCCUGAAGUCACUGUGGGUUUAGUUGCCCCAUUCUGGUUCCAAGAAGUGAUGGUCAAAACUUGCGGUGAGCGACAAACGGAGAUGGCAGUUGGACUCGGCACGAUGUUCACCCCAGAGGAAGCGCUGAAGAUCGGCCUGGUGGAUGAGGUCGUACGACCUGGCGAUCUCAUCAGCAAGGCUCGGGAACAACUGUUGAAAUGGUUGAAAAAUCCAGAUCGUCCAAGAGCCAUGACCAAAGACAUGCGCCGGGGUCCGCUCCUGGAGAAACUACGAGCCCAGCAAGAGGAGGACAUCGCCACCUUUAACGAGUACAUCCAUGAGAAGUCUGUCCAGGAAUCCUUUGGGAUGUCUCUGGAGAGCCGGAAGAAGUAGGAGAUGGGGGAAACUUUAGAAGUUUAGACAAGCCAAUUCAUGACCUCUCAAUUAAAAAACAAAUGUACCUCAAGCUCCAUCAUGUGGGGUGCUGUGGUCCAAUGGUUACGUUGUUCGUCUUGUGUGCCGUGCGUGGUACAUGGGUUCGAAUCCUGACCAUGGGAACAUAUUACAAGUGCUCUUGAACAAGGCACUUUACCAUUAUUGCUCCGCCCUUCGGAUGGGACGUAAAGCCGUAUGUGUGGUAUAAUGCACGUUUAAGAAACCAGUAUAAACACUUAUCGCUAAGAGAAGGGGUUCGCCCCGGUGUUUCUGGCAGUGGCUGCAGUAUGCGCCGCAGCACCUUGUAAACCUUGGGAAGAUUGCGGGGAAGUUGUUCAGAAUCCUGCAACUUAUACCCGAUGCAAUGCCCGCAACUCGUCCCAGAACUCGUCCCGAAGGUGAAUUGAGACGGGCCCUAAUAAUCCUAGAUCACUGACAUUUGACGUUUAGUUUAUUAAAUCUGUACCUGAAUUAUCACCAGUUCAUAAUCAAGUCUUUAGAACUUAGAGACCAAAAUACGGUGUGGUUAUUAUAAGUAUAAAGUAGGGGUAGAUUAAGGAAUAUUUUUGUACUAACUUUCGGUCACUUUUCUAAAAGACAGUGGGCUUGACAUGUCUUCCAUAUAUGUUCUUAUAGUUCUUUCCAUGUUACUUCACUUUGUAAUUUACUGCUAGGCACAAUGUAAGGUUUCAUGGGUUUAAAUUAUAUAUUCUUAUAUUUUUUUUAAAAAUACAUGUAUUUUAAAUACUUUCAUAAUGGAGUUUAUUACUAUCGCGGUAAUCUCGCAAUAUAUUGCUUUACUUUUAAAGAGGAUUGUCUAUGCUAUUUUUGAGUAUCACCUAGAGAAAUUUUAUUUAAAAGUUUUCCUGAAAUGCUAAAAAUAUUUAGUUCUUUUUCAAACGGUUGCAGAAAACCAAAAUGGACAAAGUAGCCUUUCUCUAGCAACACAUAGGCCUUCAAAUUAGAAAAUCGAUCGGGGAAAAAAUCCACCGAAGGCAAAUCAUGCAUACUAUAUAGUGAAUCACCAUUAAAAAGCCAACAAAAAAAACACCCACAAAAUACAGGACGAGUAAAAAAAAAAACCAAACCCAAAUGUAGGGACCAUUGUUUCAGUGAAGUUCUGCAUGUAGCACUUUCAAAAUCUAGGAUAUGAAAGCCAAAUUCAUAAGCUUGUUUUUAGUACAAGAAUCAUUCAAACCACUCAUGUACCUCUUCAACUUGCGGAGUUUUAAACACAACUGCCGUUUUAAGGUUCUGUCCACGGAUCACAAAAAAAUGUUCAGUGUUCCAGUUUCACAAAACGAAAAUAAAUCACAUAAGGAUAUUGGUGGAGCGGGGUGCUUGAUGUUACAG